AGCUCCCAUCCGCUCUCGAGUAUGGACUUAGCAAGUCAGGCUCAGGUGCUGGGGGUCUUGCUCGCCUGUGGGGUCUUGCUAUGCUGGGCCCAGGAGAAGGACUAUACGGUGAAGGAGGAGCAGCCGGAGAACGUCCGCAUCGGCAACCUGCGCAAGGACCUGGACCUCAACUUAGACCCCAACAUCAGGCUCUCCUCGCCGCUGCAGUUCAAGCCUGUGUACAAGACAGGUGACGUUCCUUUGGUGAGAGUGGAGGCCAACACAGGGGAGAUCUUUACCACCAACCACAGAAUCGACCGGGAGAAGCUUUGCUCGGGGGUCUUCGCUGAGAAACGCUGCUACUAUGAGAUUGAGGUCGCCGUGCUGCCGGACGAGAUCUUCAGAUUGGUCAAGAUCCGCUUCCUGAUCGAGGAUGUGAAUGACAACGCGCCCCUCUUCCAGUCCACUGUAAUAAACAUCUCAAUUCCGGAGAACACCGCUAUCAACACCCGAUACCCAGUGCCCUCGGCAUUUGACCCUGAUGUAGGGAUCAAUGGGAUCCAACACUACGAACUGGUCAAGAGUGUCAGCGAGUUUGGCUUGGACAUCAUUGAGACCCCCGAAGGUGACAAGUGGCCACAGCUCAUUGUUCAGCAGAACCUUGACCGGGAGCAGAAGGACACGUUCGUCAUGAAAAUAAAGGUAGAAGAUGGUGGAAAUCCUCCCAAGUCCAGCACUGCCAUUCUCCAAGUCACCAUCUCUGAUGUCAAUGACAAUCGGCCCAUCUUCAAGGACACUGAGCUGGAGGUCACGGUACCAGAGAAUGCCCCCAUGGGAACGUCGGUUGCUCAGCUCCACGCCACAGAUGCCGACCUGGGUUCUAAUGCACAGAUCCACUUUUCCUUCAGCAACCAGAUCUCUGCCUCCACCAAACGUCAUUUUGCUAUUGACGGCUCGACAGGGCUGAUCACUGUGAAGCAGCCACUGGACCGGGAGGUGACUCCUGUUCAUAAACUCAUUGUUCUGGCCAGCGAUGGCAGCUCUACCCCCUCCAGAGCCACAGUGACUGUCAAUGUUACAGACGUUAAUGACAAUGUUCCCUCCAUAGACACUCGCUACAUUAUCAACCUGGUUAAUGGGACUGUUCUGUUGUCUGAGAAUGCUCCUCUCAACACCAAAAUAGCCCUAAUUACUGUAACAGACAAGGAUGCAGAUCUGUAUGGCAAAGUAGCUUGCUACACUGACCAUGAUGUUCCAUUCCGGUUGAAGCCUGUCUUUAAUGAUCAGUUCCUACUAGAGACAGCUGCCCCCCUAGAUUACGAGACGACACGAGAAUAUGCAAUUAAGAUAGUGGCCUCGGAUAGGGGAACGCCCCCUUUGAACACUUCAGCUAUGGUUUUAAUUAAAAUCAAGGAUGAGAACGACAAUGCACCCAUCUUCCCCCAGCCGGAAAUCCAACUUUCCAUACCGGAGAACAAUGACCCCUCCACACAGUUAAUAAAAAUAAGUGCCACAGAUGCAGACAGCGGACGCAAUGCCGAGAUUAUUUAUACUCUUGGCCCUGACACACCUGAUGGGUUUAACAUAGACAGACGGUCAGGAAUCCUCUCUGUUGGCAAACGACUGGACAGAGAGAAGCAGGAGAGGUACUCAUUCUCUGUCAUAGCGAGGGAUAAUGGAUCCACUUUCCUACAGAACAAUGUCACAGUCAGGCUAAUCGUCCAGGACCUUAAUGACAACAGUCCAGCUUUCACACACCCAGAGUACAACUUCUAUGUGCCUGAGAACCUGCCUCUCUUUGGAACUGUGGGCUUGAUCACAGUGACGGAUUCAGAUGCAGGAGAUAAUGCUGUUAUAACCCUGUCCAUUUUGAACGGCAAAGAUAAUUUCAUCAUCGACCCUCAAACCGGUGUGAUCAAGCCCAAUAUCACCUUUGAUAGGGAGCAGCAAAGCUCCUACACAUUUAUGGUCAAGGCAGUAGAUGGAGGCCACCCUCCAAGCUCCUCCUAUGCCAAGGUCACUAUCAAUGUGGUGGACGUGAAUGACAAUCGCCCUGUGUUCGUCAUCCCAUCCUCCAAUUACUCAUAUGACCUAGUGCGAACCACCGUAACCCCUGGCGCUGUGGUCACCAGGGUGUUUGCCAUUGACAAUGACACAGGUAUGAAUGCUGAGCUGCAGUACAGUAUUAUCAGCAGCAUCAUCAUCACAUCUAGGGUCUCUCCUCGAGGUCUCUUUGCCAUCGACAAAACAACCGGUAACAUAACACUACAGGAGAAAAUACUGACAGCCGAUCAGGGGCUGCAUAGGCUUGUUGUCAAGGUGAAAGAUCUAGGCCAGCCUGAGUCAUUACAGGCCAUCGCACUAAUUCACUUAUUUGUCAAUGACACUGUGUCAAAUGCCACCUUCAUUCAAGAGCAGCUGCGAAAAAGUAUGGAGACACCCUUGGACCGUAACAUUGGGGACAGUGAGGUAACACCUCAAGCCAGUGGAUAUGUGAUUGUUGUCAUAGCUAUCAUAGCAGGGACCAUGACUGUUAUCUUGGUGAUUUUUGUGACUGCCUUGGUGCGCUGCCGGCAGACCCCCAGACACAAGGUGGUGCAGAAGGGCAAGCAGAGUGGUGAGUGGGUGUCGCCCAACCAAGACAACCGUCAGAUCAAGAAGAAGAAGAAGAGAAAGAAGCGAUCCCCCAAGAGCCUCCUCCUGAACUUUGUGACCAUAGAUGAAUCCAAGCACGACGACCCUAGCCAUGAGCAUGUAAAUGGUACACUGGAUCUCCCUGUGGAGCUAGAGGAGCAGACCAUGGGGAAGUACAACUGGGCCACCACGCCCACCACCUUCAAACCCGACAGUCCAGACUUAGCCAAGCAUUACAAGUCAGCGUCCCCCCAACCUACAUUUCAAAUCAAACCGGAGACUCCAGUGGCCCCAAAGAAACACCACGUGAUCCAGGAGCUCCCCUUGGACAACACGUUCGUAGUGGGCUGCGACUCACUCUCCAAGUGCUCAUCGACUAGCUCCGACCCAUACAGUGUCUCAGAGUGCAGCUGUCAGGGGGGAUUCAAGACUGCGGGGCAAAUCACCACCCGACAGGAGACGGCACUGAAACCACCACACUAUGGCACACUCUGUGGCACAGGUACAGCUCGCUCCCACAGGAUUAAAAUCAAUCUCUAGCUCCCACUACCUUAAGAGAGAAAGAAGGUGAAGAGAGAGUGUUUUUGUGUGUGUGUGAGAGAGAGAGAGAGAAAGAGAGGAAGAGAGGGCAGAGGAAGGAAAAGGAGGAAGGCGAGAACUGAAGAGGUGAAACAAGUACUUUACUGUCUACAGCCUCAAACCCAGCCUCUUCGUGCAAUCGAGAGAAAAAGAUGGAGUUGAAGGGGGAAAAAAAUCUCAGAAAAAAGAGAGACGCUUCAUGUUGCCUGUCUGAAACUUGACAAAGCUCCUCCUGUGAAUCUGUUGGAAGUUUGAAAUGCUUUGAGUCCUAUGCUACCACUUACCUGUGUUGGUGAGGAUGAAACUGUAUGCCCCUGAACCCUCCUCGGAAAAAUGUCCCACUCCGGCAGCCACUCUGUAAAAUAGGUGUCAAAUACAGUCAGUAGAUCUGUAAAGUAUGUUUAUAUGUAUGUAUGUAUAUCUAUCACAGAGUUGAUGGUGUUUAUAUUUAUUGAUUCCAUUCCUUUGCCUUGUUUUCUUAAAAACUGCCUGGUGGCCAUUUUAUUUUCUUACUUUCUGACUUUUGUAUGGUUUGACGUUGCUCUCUCUGGGCUUGCUCGUGGAACUAAUGACUUCUAAUGUGUUUUAUGCUGCAAGGUCUACAACCUGUAGGCUUACAUUAGUACAGUGAACCCUGUUCUGUCAACCUUCGCCUCUUUCUGCCCUACUUUCUUCACGGCCACUUACGGCGUUGUUAGUGACGAGUGUGGCUAAUGUUACAGAAAAAAAUGCGUGGGCCCCACAAUGGGACCACGCUAGUAGUGCUUUACAGUUGUGCUGCCGAUCGCCAUGCUGUUAUUACACUGGGAGGAAUGGUAGGACAAGUUUAAUACUUUGAGCUAAGCCACAAUCACAAGGGACUAACUCCUGGGGUUAUAAUCAAAAGCUGUUUAUGUAGGGCAGAUUUGAAGAGCACUAAGCCUAACCUUUUGUGUGUCGCCUUCAAUUCCUAAGUCGGAAAUGAUUUAACCUGUGAGAUCCAUAUUAAAAUGACUCCAGAUGGUAGAAAAAGAGCAGUAAUAAUCCUCAGGCAGUCUUUAAUAUGGGUUGGUGGGCUUAAGCAAAAAUGACUAGACUUAUUUACGCUGACAAAAAUAAUUUUUCGGAUGAGAAGAAAAUUGAACACUAAAAUGAAAAAAAAAGAAGGUAAUCCAGGCUUCGGUUUAAAAAACUGUGAUAAGUUAACAUUUGACAGACACUACUUAUUCUCAGCCCUUUUAGUUCAGAGCAUCAUUUUGCCCUCACUACUUCCACAUCAGUGGGUUCACUAUGGUUUCAGUGUGUUCCGAUUUGAGUAUAUAUUCCACAGCAUACACCAGUAACUGGCUCGAUGGGUUAGCAGCGUUGUUGUCCUAUAGUCUUGUUAACUGGUGAGCUACAGACUGCUUUGAUAGGUAAGGCCUAACCGGCAUUUACAGUACAUACAUAUAACCAUAGAAUUAGAGUCAUUAAAAUGGACAUAGCGUGUGUAGUCAAUUUGAAAUGUACCGAUGGGCUGGACCAGAGGUUGUUCCUCCUCUUGUGAGAGACAAUGUACACUGUAUUUAAACAAAAUUACUGCACAGACCAAAAGCCUUUUUUUUAAUUGUUAUUUUGUUCCAGUCUCUACAUGUCACGGUUCUACAGACUAUGUCUAUUUUAAAGCUUUUAAUUCUAUGUAUGUUGCCUCUUUGUGAGACAGGUUGUUAUUAUUGAAGGAGGUAUAUUAAUGUAAUUAUGGUAUCAAAUGUAUUCAAUACUGCGUAGGAGCCACAGUAUUAAAUAUACAUAGCAUCCUAGCACUGUGUAAUGAUUAGAUUUGCCUGAUCUUUGGGGAAAAGAGAAAAAAAAAAAACACUCAUACUUGGGGAAAGCUUUUUUUGUCCUUGUAAAGAGACACGACAACCUCACUUUUAUUCAAUGUGAAUUACAAUAUGCACCUUACAUGAUCUUUGUAAUUGACUUUGAUUUGCCAGUGUGGAGAAAUACUGUAAAUGUUUUGUUUAUGUAUGUGUGCGC